GGCAGACAUCACGUUUGUAGAAAAGGUGCAGUGCCGAGACGACUCCUGCUCCUCACCGAGAGAUCUUUACACUCAACCGAUCCACACAGAGAUAAUUGAAAGAAGUAGCAGCAAUGGAGGUGGAAUUGAAAGGGAUGUUGACUGAUCUCGAAAAUCUUAAGACUUCAUUACCGGAUCCAUCUCAUCAAGCUUCUAUCGAUCAAAUUCGAUUGCGUGUAGAAAAUCUCACCAGUCUUGCAAUGGCUGGACCAACUCGCCGUACUAAAGUCAAGGAUAUGAGUGCAGAGGUUGUAGAUAGCAACCCUUAUAGUAGGCUCAUGGCGCUGCAGAGGAUGGGUAUUGUGGAGAAUUAUGAAAGAAUUCGGGAUUUCUCAGUUGCCAUAGUUGGUAUUGGUGGGGUGGGGAGUGUUGCUGCUGAAAUGCUUACGAGAUGUGGCAUAGGCCGUCUUUUGUUGUAUGAUUAUGAUACAGUGGAGUUGGCCAACAUGAAUAGGUUAUUUUUCCGUCCUGAGCAGGUCGGUAUGACUAAGACUGAUGCUGCUGUCCAAACUUUAUCAGAAAUAAAUCCUGAUGUAGUUCUUGAGAGCUUUACUCUGAACAUAACAACAGUGCAAGGUUUUGAAACUUUCGUUGCAAGUCUUGAAAACAAAUCUUUUCGCCAAGAGAAAGAAGGCACUGGGGUUGAUCUUGUUUUGAGCUGCGUAGAUAAUUACGAAGCAAGGAUGGUUGUAAAUCAGGCUUGCAAUGAACUGAAUCAAACUUGGAUGGAGUCAGGUGUGUCUGAGGACGCUGUUUCGGGUCAUAUACAGUUACUGAUUCCUGGAGAAACUGCCUGUUUUGCUUGUGCACCUCCUUUGGUUGUAGCAUCUGGGGUGGAUGAACGUACACUUAAGCGUGAAGGAGUUUGUGCUGCAUCUUUGCCUACUACUAUGGGGGUUGUUGCUGGGCUUUUAGUCCAGAACACACUGAAGUUCUUGCUGAAAUUCGGAAAUGUCUCACCAUACCUGGGUUACAAUGCUCUUAAAGAUUUCUUCCCAACAAUGGCAAUGAAGCCAAACCCUCAAUGUUCAAAUGGAGCUUGCCUAGAGCGGCAGAAAGAGUACAUGCUCAUAAAGCCUGCCAGGGAUGCAGCUGCUAAAGCAAAGAUGGAGGAAGAGCUAUCAACAAUAGAAAUCCCAAUUCAUGCAGAUAAUGAAUGGAAUAUAAGUGUUGUUGAUGAUUGCGAUGCUAAUGUCAUAAAUACCCAAAGCUCAGAUGCACUCCCAGAAGGUCUUGUUCAUGAGCUUCCAAAUGCAGAUGUGUAUGAGCAGCAGCAGCAGCAGCAGUGGAAAGAAGAAAGUGUGGAUGAUCUUGAAGAUCUCAAAAGACAACUAGAGGCUCUUAAUGCCCCUUAGUUUUCUGAUUUCUAAUUCUAACCAAACAAUUUUGGCCAAUUUCCAGUUUUCUUUAAACAUUACUUCCAUUUACCCACUUUCUUUUUCAUUUUCAUUUUCUGGACCACUCCUGAUUGUUCUUCAAGGCCUUUGAGAUUAGUCAAAAUAUAUGCCACAGUUAUCAAAAAAAGAACAAAAUUUAAUACUCGUAAAAAAGAUUUUAUAUAAUUUUUUCAAAG